CUCUCGAUCCUACUCAUCAUCGCCACCGUUUCCACUACGCAAUCGGCUUUAUCUACCUCGCCAUGUUACCUAAUAAUCUCUGCGUUGCGGCUGCUUCGAUCUUUAUAUCGUUCCCUCCUUUUUGCUUUGCCCACAGGCUUCUCCCCCUCGACUCUUCUCCGCUUUAUCACGAGCAGUGCCCGAAGCGGAAAAGAAGGCAGCACUACCGCCAGAUAAAGUUAGGGUUCGUCAGAUUCCCGUGCAUUAUUUUACAAUUCUUUCUCUGUUUUAUUAUAGCGUUUCGUAGGUGGAACAUCGGAUUUGCUUGUCGGUUUCGCCCGAAGCACCUCCCUUUUCUCCCUGCGUUCUCUCUGCGUUCUCCUUCCCUGGCCAGGAGGCGCCGGCCGGGCUGGAGGAGACGGCUAGAUUCGCGCGCGAUGAGCUGGAAGAAUAGAAAAGAGCCAUUUGAUUGGAUUGAUGGGGGAAAAUCGGUUUUUGCGUGGGACCGGAGUGGGUUUUCCCUUUUACUCUGCUGAUGGAAGUGAUUAUGGGAGCACAGAGGUGAUGAGAUAAUAGUUAAGCUAGAGAUAUGCUUGAAUCCCCCAAAAAAGGGAGUAGCCAUUAUGAUGGGCGAGAUGCGAUUUGAGUAUGUUCGGCUGAAGGGGAGUAGAAGGAAAUGUUGCUGUUUUUGUAAGGCGAUGGUUCUCGGCAUCUUUUAGCAACCCGAUCAGAUGGGAGAUUUUGCAUCAUGUUUUCUGCUGGUUUUGUUCGAUUGAUAGGAUCUUACUAUUAUGGCUUUAAUGGGCGGCUUAGGCUUGUUCAAGCAAGGGUGGAAAUGGAUACAAUCCCAGAAGCAGGCUUUUGUGAGUGUCCGAGUUGCUGUGAUCUGCGUUGGAGAGAAACUGGUCCUUGUUAUCGACCGCCACUGGCCAUUGGUUUACAGCUGGUGCAUGGUUGCUGGAAGGCUUCUUUUUAGGUUUAUGUUGCAAUGGAAAGAUUGCGUUGUGGGAGGUUUGCGGUCCAUGUUUACCUUAGGUUCAGCAGCUCUAUUCGUCAUCUUGUGGAGUUGCUUUCUUGGAUUGACUUCGACAACCUCUCUUGUCUGCGUGCUUCUAAGUCUGGGAGCUGCUGCCACAGCCGUUCACUAUUUGGGCUUCACACCUGGACUUCUUAUGAUUGGACUUUAUGGUAUUCUGAUUAUGUGGAUAUAUAGCUACUUUUGGAUAACAGCAAUGCUAUUUAUAGCAGGAGGUUAUAUGUUCUCUCUUAAUCAUGCACGGUUCUUGAUCUUAAUGGCAACUACAUAUGCUGUUUAUUGUAUCAAUACACGUGAUGGGUUGCAUGGAGUUUUUCUGUUGUUAAAUCUUUCAUUCAUUUCCAAUGAUAUAUUGAAUAAGUUACUUCAAGUAUACGAUGAUACUAGUGAAGGCAUACAUAUUGGAGAGCGAAAGGAAUGGGAACAGUUUAAGGAAGACUUUUCUGUUGACAGUGAAUGUUCUCCUCCGACUGAAGAUGCUGAAGAAGUAGUAUCUUCUCUAUCAUCUUGUACAACACCCAAGGCAUCAUAUCUUACAGGUAUUCAUAAGGAUGCUUCCUCUAGCAAGGUUGUCAUAGCAGAAUCUACUUCAUUGGUUGAGAUGAAAAGGAUAAUGAACAGCUCAAACCAUUAUGAAAUCCUGGGCUUCCUUAGGAAUAAGAUUGUUGACCCUCAGAUAUUGAAGAAGGAAUACCAUAAAAAGGUGUUGCUUGUUCAUCCUGACAAAAAUAUGGGAAGUCCGUUAGCGUGUGAAUCAUUUAAAAGGCUUCAGGGUGCCUAUGAGAUUCUUUCAGAUUUGACAAAGAAGAAAAACUAUGAUGAACAAUUGAGAAAAGAAGAAUGUGGGAGAGUUUGUCAGAGAUCUUCUGUUGCCUCUCAGAAGGGAGGAGUGGAGUACUGUUCUGAAGAAUCUAGACGUAUUGAGUGCACGAAGUGUGGAAAUUCUCAUAUAUGGAUAUGUACUAACAGAAGUAAAGGCAGGGCAAGGUGGUGUCAGAAUUGCUCACAGUAUCAUCAAGCCAAAGAUGGAGAUGGGUGGGUAGAAAGCGGGAGCUCGCCAGUUAUAAUCAGACAUCGGAAGGUGGAUAUACCACGAGCUUUUGUAUGCGCAGAGAGCAAGAUAUUUGAUGUGUCUGAAUGGGCAAUUUGUCAGGGAAUGGCAUGCAGGCCUAACACCCACGGGCCAAGCUUCCAUGUGAACAUGAUUGGCUUGGAGAGGACUGGGCUGCGAUCUAAUCCCUCCAGAUAUCCUUGGGGACUGGAUGCUGAGAUGAUUGUUGAGGAUGAUGAGUUUGAGUUAUGGCUAAAGCAGGCUUUGGCAUCCGGCAUUUUCUCUGAGAGUCCAAAGCGCAGAAAAAGCUGGCCAUUCAAAUUUAACCAGAAAGGCAUGAAACCAUGGCGAAAAUCACCAUAAAUGAAGAUAAUUAGGUCUAAAAGGCUCUUUCAUUGGAGAAAUGGCAUGUGUCAUCAAUGUUCGAACAGAAGGAAGGGAUAGAAGGAAUGACAUGGGUGUCAUUCUGAGCAAUGCUGACUUUUUUGGAAACCAGUGGAAAAGAAACAAGAAAGAAAGUGGUGGCGUUAAGUAGAUUGUUGACAUUUGAACCUAGGGGGGCAGUCCAUGGUUGUAUGACUUGUGCAGAAGACCAAAAUGGAGCAGUACCAUUUUCACUCUCUCGCUUUGUCCUGGCUCAGGCUUUGCACUGGCUCGUCUUCAAUCUGUCAUGAGAUCUAAAUGUGAAACAAGCUGGAAGGAUACACUUCGUUCAGCAGUUGCAAGCCUGCAAGAAGUUGAGGAUGGACACAGCAUAUUGAGCAAACAAAAAGAGAUACAUUUCCUAUAUGUUUAUGGAAAGAUAAAUGGUAAAAAGCCUCAGUGGGAUAAUAAGUGAAUGGAUCAGAUGCAUGUUUCAAGGUAGAAGUGUCUUUCCAUAUUUUGGUAGACACCUGUGAAGAAAUAUUGGUGAUUGAUGCGUUGAGCAUUCUCUCAUUCUCUGUAUGUAACAACUACAACAAAGACACUGUUGCAACUACGAUCUAUGGCUUCUUUUGCAUCACAAGGUCUUCAUUUUAGUCUUCUUUUCGAGCAAGCAUCUUUGCUUAAACAUAGAGGUGAUUAGUUUCAUGGUGUUAUUCUGAACCAGCUCAAAAUGCUGUCCACCGAUGUACUUUUGCUUAGAAUUCAGGUUAUAUUAACUGUGUAUACGACAGAUGAUAACUGUAGCAGUGGUCGAUCUAUCCACCGCCACUGAUAGAUCUAUGUUUGGUAACUACAUUUUGAAUAGGACCUGCAGGGCCUUUGUUUGAUGAAAAUAUUCUGAAAAUGGAGUUGAAUUGAGCUGAAGGUGAACCUCCAAAUGUAAUGUAUUGCCCCCCUUUUGCA